CCUAGCAACACUAAAAGUUUGCGUUGCUUUUUUUUUAACGAAAAUAUUCGAAAAAAGGACGCGAAUCCUGGCGAGCAACGGCCAGGUGGGAGCCGCAACCAUGCUCAAGUCGCUGAAGCCGGACACAUACGCCGGGAUGGCGAACGCCAAGUGCGGCGAGAUCUACUUCCAGAGCCUGCACAGCUUCCGCAUCGACUGUGCGUUCUGCGAGAUGAAGAGCUUUGUGUUCGGGGACUUCCUGCUGCACGUCCAGAACGUCCACUUCGAGAACGGGCUGCUGAAGACGGAGGCGGCGGACGCGGGAGUGGACCUGAAGCAGGAGCGGGAGCACGCCUCGCCGGUGCCCAUUGUGGCGCAGGUGAAUCCGUUUGCCUGGUACGAGAUCGGCGGCGACGAGGAGGAGGACAGCGAGGACGAGCGGGGUGCCCUCGAGCGGGAGCAGGACGAGGAGGAGGAGGAGCGACCCGGCAGGACCAUCAUGAAGUGGGACAACGCACACAGCGCACAAACGGCUGCGGGCAGCGAAUGUCUGCGUCAAGUCAGAGCCCUCAAGGUGGACUACAAGGAGGAGGACUCCGAUCAGGAGGAGAGCGGCAUCAAUCUGGACCUGGACACCCUAGAAACCAGGCAUUGCCUGAAGCCACCUCCUCACUCCUGCCCGCACUGCACGAAGGUCUACCAGAGCCGUAAGGUCCUGGAACGCCACAUAAUGCGCCAGCACAAGGAUGAUGCCGCCUCUCCAGAUCCCGACAGCGAUCCGGAUGCGGACUACGAGCCGCCCAGGGAUGCGCCCGCCUCCAAGUCGUCCGGCCAGGAGCACAAGUGCGAGCACUGCGGCAAGAUCUACCACGGCAAAUACAGCCUGAGGCAGCAUUUGAAGCGGGAUCACGACAACGGCGAUGAUGGCGGAGGCUCCGCCACCACCUUCACCUGCCUGGAGUGCGAGGCCCAGUUGCCGCGCCUCCGCCUGCUGGACGAGCACAUGGUGCAGGCCCACGGCGGAGCGGCCUGCGUGGUGUGCGGCCGACGGUACAAGACGCGUCACGAGCUGAAACGCCACCAGCUGAAGCACACCAGCGAACGGAACGUGCCGUGCCCGCAUCCCGGCUGCGGCAAGCGUUUCUUCACCGUGCGCCACAUGCGCAACCACGGCAAGGUGCACACGGAGCAAAAGAAUUUUGUGUGCGAGAGCUGCGGCUACAGCUGCCGGAACAAGGAGACGCUGCGCGUUCACAUCCGGAGCCACACGGGCGAACGGCCCUUCGGCUGCCAGGUGUGCGACAAGCGGUUCCCCUCCCACUCCGGCCUGCGGGAGCACAUGGCCAUGCAUUCCACGGAGCGACCGCAUGUGUGCAGCGUCUGCGGAGCCACCUUUUCGCGGCAGAAGGGCCUGUACCAUCACAAGUUCCUGCACGCGGACACCAAGCAGUUCGUGUGCAAGCUCUGCGGGAAUGCCUAUGCCCAGGCGGCCGGACUCGCUGGCCAUAUGCGCAAGCACCGCAACGACGAGCUCAACGGGUAGGGUCAGUAGGGUCAAUAAGGUCAGUGGGAUCGGCAGGAUCCUAAGGAUAUAGACUAAGUUGUACAAGCGAUUUGUAUCUUCCAAUUCCGAUGUUUAAGUUUAGGAACUCAGGCAUAGGCUUUAGGAGACAGCCAUAAUUAAUGGUUUUUUUUUUUAUUGCUCCGGUUUGUUGACGGACCAAAAGUUGUGUGUUUGUUUCGGUCUUCAUUUCACGGAUUUCCAUAGAAUUUAUUUGGCACAUAGUGUAAAUAAUUGGUAAACUUCCUCUAGAGGUAAGGUAAACUACAAGUUGUUAAUUUGUUUAAGUUUAAAUGUAGGAACUGUGGAGAAUAGUUUUUAAUUCUUUUGCGCAAAUGUAAAUAUUUAUAUAAUAUUGAAACAUUUUAAGCCACUUUGAGUAAACUGAGUGAAACUGUUUAUUAUUGUGACACUUUUUUUUAUUUUUUAAUUCACUAAGAUUGACUCGAAUGUAUACUAAACAUUGUUAAAGAUAAACUACAUUUUAAGGCCAUUUAACGAAAUGCUUCCAACAACCGAAUCAAUUCGGAUGGAGUCAUGUGAAAGGGAAACCGUAACGAAACAUCCUGGUAAUAAGCCGUAAUCCCGGCCAGCGGAUGUGGCUAAUAUUCGAAUUGGAAAUCCCACUUUGGAAACGGUGCGAUGAUUUCCGCGGUUAACCUUUUUGUAAUGAUAAAUAUAUAGCAGAGAAUCUGAUUCACAAAA